AAAUCUCAAUAAAAUAUGUUGUUGAGGGGGAUACUCAACCAAUGGAAAUACACAACGAUAUGGGAGUUAGGGUGUAUGUUGAGCUUAAGAGGGAAAAAAGUGUUUUGGGGAUGUAUCCAUUGUGCGUUAGUAUUACAGAUAAUAAUGUUGAGGAGAUUGCAACUGGUGAGUGUGUUUUUAGAGAUGAUGUGCUUCAACUUGGAUACGAUGAUAAUUUGGAGGAUAUGGAUGCGUAUGAUUCUAAUGAAUUCGAUCUGUCAAAUUGUGGAAAGGCUGUUGUAUUUUUAGAGGAGGACAACAAAUUGAUUAUUUCCAACGCAGAACAGAAGGAAAUUUUUGUAGAUCAAAUUUACAAGGAUAAGGAUACAUUGAAACUUGUAAUGGCGAAUUAUGCUAUUCGAGAACGAUUCAAUUUCAAAACUGAGAGAUCAAAUGCUAUAAGCUAUACAGUCGUAUGUAUGUCGCCUGAAUGUGAAUGGAAAUUACGAGCGUCAAGUGUUGGAAAAUCUAAACUGUUCAGAGUUAGGUAUUUCCAUGAUGAACAUACAUGCCCUUUGAAGGACAAGGUAUAUUCACAGAGGCAAGCAACAAGUUGGUUUAUUGGGGAAUCGGUUGUUAAGCCGAAAAUAGCGAACCACAAGAGGAAAGUUAGCCCUGGGGAUAUAAUGGACGACGUAAAAAAUGAAUUCGGCGUAGAUGUUUCUUACAUGCUGGCCUGGAGAGCUAGAGAAAAAGCUAUGAAUGAUUUGAGGGGGGAUCCUAUUUGCUUCAUACAAUAA